UUUAAAACGACUUGAUUUGAUAAGACAAACUAAGGAUCAUGGCUACAGUUAAGAACCUCAACGGGGAUGAUGUUGUGAUACCACCAAAAGACGAAGAAGAGAUUGCUUUAGAAAAGUUGGUUUUCGGUGAUUUGGAAGGAUUUGAAACCAAUUUAAGAAAAGUUGAAAAUUUAUAUGAAUAUUCUUCUGAUGAAGAUGAGCAAGAGCAAGGAGAUUCAGAUAAGUUUUUCAAGGAUACAGAUGAAGAAGAAGAUGAAAGUGAUUUAGAGAACGUACAGGAUAACGAUUUAUUCUUUAUUGAUGAUGCAGGAGACCAACAGACAAACGACGAAGAUGCGAUGGAGAUUGAUCAGGAAGAGUCUGAAGCAGAAAUGGAAGAAGACAAUGCAUGGGAAGAUAGUGACGAUGAAAGACUAAAUGUGUCAUUAACUUCAUCCGAUAGGUUGAAGAAAUUAAGAAAACAUGAGCAUGAUUCAUCAAUUUCUGGUAAAUCGUAUAUAAUAAGGUUAAGAUCACAAUUUGAGAAAAUAUAUCCAAAACCAGAAUGGGUUGAUAAGUUACGAGGUGAAAGCGAAACAGUUGACUCUGAUAAUGAAAUACAGUCGGAUGAUGAAGGGUCGAAUUCUAAGCAAAAUGAUACUAAUGCCAUCUUGAAAAUUUUGUCAAGUACUCAACAAUUUAUUAUGUCUAAACAAUCUAAGUUAAUACCUCCUAACAAAAUAUCUAUUUCUAGAUUAACAGAUGCAAAUCAACAGAAAAGGGCAAAAUCUGGUAUACAAUCCUUAUCAUUUCACCAAUCUCAUCCUUUAUUAUUAACUGGUGGAUUUGAUAGAUCUUUAAGAAUUUAUCAUAUUGAUGGGAAAGCCAAUAACUUGGUAACCUCAUUACAUUUACGUAACGCUCCAAUCACCACCUGUUAUUUCUCUCCUUUGGAUAACCACAAUCAAAAUUUGAUUUUUGCUGCUGGUAGAAGACGUUAUAUGACAAAAUGGGAUUUGAAUACUGGUGACGUUGAAAAAAUUUCGAGAAUGUAUGGUCAAGAACAAUUCCAAAGAUCUAUGGAAUACUUUAAGAUUUCUAGCAAGGGUACCUAUAUUGGUUUAACUGGUAGUAGUGGCUGGUGUAAUAUAUUGAAUGGAUCAACUGGUCAAUUCAUCAAAGGAUUUAAAAUUGAAGGUAACAUCAUCGACUUCGAAUUUUCCAAAGACGAAUCAACCAUUAUAAUCAUAAAUACAGCUGGUGAAAUCUGGGAAUACUCAUUAAACCCAGAUGCCAAUGCCAACUUGAAAAUUAAACAAAACCAACAUCAUGGUAAAAUAUUAAGAAGAUGGCAAGAUGAUGGUGCCGUUGGAAUAGUGAAAAUUAAACUUGGAGGCCCUAAUGACCGUUGGUUAGCUACCGCCUCCAAUAACGGUUUGGUCAAUCUUUACGAUCGUAAUACUUUCGUUGACGAAAAAUCUCCAAAACCUUUCAAAACAGUUGAAAAUUUAAUCACUUCUAUUUCAAACUUAACUUUUAGUCCUGAUGGUCAAUUAUUAUGUAUAUCAUCCAGAGCUAAAAGAGAUGCAUUAAGAUUAGUCCACUUACCUUCCGGUACCGUCUAUUCAAACUGGCCAACUAGUGGAACUCCUUUAGGAAGAGUCACUGCUACAGCUUUCUCUCCGAAUAACGAAAUGUUGGCUAUUGGUAAUGAAGGUGGUAAAGUCACAUUAUGGAGAUUAAACCACUACUAAAAAGCAUUCAUGUAUCAUUAACUAUCACAUAUAUAUAUAUAUACCAUCAAGGGAA